GGAACUAUCAAAGAAAUUGCAAUAACUCAUCAUGUAAAGGAAGGACAUGAGAAAGCAGACCCUUCACAGUUUGAACUUCUGAAAGUACUAGGGCAAGGAUCCUUUGGAAAGGUAUUUCUUGUCAAAAAAAUCUCAGGAUCAGAUGCUAGACAGCUUUAUGCAAUGAAGGUAUUAAAAAAGGCCACCUUGAAAGUUCGAGAUCGAGUUCGAACAAAAAUGGAACGUGAUAUCCUAGUAGAAGUUAAUCAUCCUUUUAUUGUCAAGUUACAUUAUGCUUUUCAAACAGAAGGGAAGCUAUAUCUUAUUUUGGAUUUUCUCAGGGGAGGAGACUUGUUUACACGUUUAUCCAAAGAGGUGAUGUUCACAGAAGAUGAUGUUAAAUUUUACUUGGCGGAAUUAGCACUUGCUUUAGACCACCUACAUAGUCUUGGAAUAAUAUACAGGGACCUGAAACCAGAAAACAUACUGCUUGAUGAAGAAGGACAUAUCAAAUUGACAGAUUUUGGCUUAAGCAAAGAAUCAAUUGAUCAUGAAAAAAAAGCCUACUCUUUCUGUGGGACAGUGGAAUAUAUGGCACCAGAAGUUGUUAAUCGACGAGGCCAUACACAGAGUGCAGACUGGUGGUCUUUUGGUGUUUUAAUGUUUGAAAUGCUCACUGGUACUCUACCUUUCCAAGGGAAAGACAGAAAAGAAACCAUGACUAUGAUUCUCAAGGCCAAACUUGGAAUGCCCCAGUUUUUGAGUCCUGAAGCACAGAGUCUUCUCAGAAUGCUCUUCAAAAGAAACCCAGCAAACAGAUUAGGAGCAGGUCCAGAUGGAGUUGAAGAAAUUAAGAGGCAUCCAUUUUUUUCAAAAAUAGACUGGAAUAAAUUGUACAGGAGAGAAAUUCAUCCCCCUUUUAAACCUGCAACUGGCAGACCUGAAGAUACAUUUUAUUUUGAUCCUGAGUUUACAGCAAAAACUCCAAAAGAUUCACCUGGUAUUCCACCUAGCGCUAAUGCACAUCAACUUUUUCGGGGAUUUAGUUUUGUAGCUAUUACAUCGGAUGAUGAAAGCCAAGCCAUGCAGACUGUUGGAGUUCAUUCAAUUGUCCAGCAGUUGCACAGGAACAGCAUUCAGUUUACUGAUGGAUAUGAAGUAAAGGAAGAUAUCGGAGUUGGGUCUUACUCUAUCUGCAAAAGAUGUAUUCAUAAAGCUUCAAACAUGGAAUAUGCUGUAAAGAUAAUUGACAAGAGUAAAAGAGAUCCAACAGAAGAAAUUGAAAUCCUACUGCGCUACGGACAGCAUCCAAAUAUUAUUACCCUAAAAGAUGUGUAUGAUGAUGGAAAAUAUGUAUACGUAGUAACAGAACUUAUGAAAGGAGGAGAACUGCUGGAUAAAAUUCUUAGGCAAAAAUUUUUCUCAGAACGGGAAGCUAGUGCUGUCUUGUUCACAAUAACAAAAACUGUUGAAUACCUCCAUGCACAAGGGGUUGUUCACAGAGACCUGAAACCUAGCAAUAUUCUUUAUGUUGAUGAAUCUGGUAAUCCAGAAUCAAUCCGAAUUUGUGAUUUUGGCUUUGCAAAACAACUGCGAGCAGAAAAUGGUCUUCUGAUGACUCCGUGUUAUACAGCAAAUUUUGUUGCACCAGAGGUUUUAAAGAGGCAAGGUUAUGAUGCUGCGUGUGACAUAUGGAGCCUUGGUGUUCUACUUUAUACAAUGCUUACUGGCUACACUCCUUUUGCAAAUGGUCCUGAUGAUACCCCAGAGGAGAUUUUGGCCCGAAUAGGUAGUGGAAAAUUCUCUCUCAGCGGUGGUUAUUGGAAUACAGUUUCAGAUACAGCUAAGGACCUUGUUUCAAAAAUGCUUCAUGUUGACCCACAUCAAAGAUUGACUGCAGCCCAAGUACUUAGCCACCCCUGGAUAGUUCACUGUGACCAGUUGCCUCAAUACCAGCUGAACAGGCAGGAUGCUCCCCAUCUGGUGAAGGGUGCAAUGGCAGCAACGUACUCUGCUUUGAAUCGUAAUCAGUCACCGGUUCUGGAGCCAGUCGGUCGUUCUACUCUUGCUCAGAGAAGAGGUAUAAAAAAAAUUACCUCAACAGCCCUGUGAAGUGACCUCAACCAGAUAUUUGGUACCAUGGUAUAAGAUGAUAGCACAAAUCAUGGCGACAGGUAGCACAUAUCUGACAGAUACCUGCAAGCACACUCUGUCCCAGCUGGUACCUAUAAUGCUGCUGCUCCUGCUGCUGCUACUGCUUUCAUCUAUUCUCGCUUUAAACUGUUGAUGGCAAGUUACUGAUCUUACUGGAGCUUCAGAUGGAGUGAUGAGUGGAAACACAAUGAAAACUAUCAUGUUCGUGAUUGAAUAAACCAGAAGAAUUCUGAACACCACCUCUGUCAAAAAUACACUGAAUAAAGCACUCUGCACCACAUAGCAUUAUUUUUAUAAGGAAUAUUUUUUGUCCCCUGAGAUAUUCUUUGUUACAGGUAGAAAUGGACAGUUUAUGUUAAGCACUUAGCUUAAAUGAUCUGUUUAUAUUAGCACUAUAUACUUUGUGCCAUCCAACAUUUUGUAUGUUUUUGUAAACAGUUCAUGAGCAGUACAUUUCUGUGCUGUUUUCUUUAAUGUAUACAUGCCUUGUUUUACUUAGAUUUUAUUAAUCAUUUUGACAACUAAGUCUGAUUAAACAGUUCACCUGGAUUAAUCAGUGUUGUUGGACAGCUCUAAAAGAAGCCUGACUGUUAAACAGCUAUUGAAUGUAAUACUAUGAAUAUGUAUUUCUCCUUGCCUGUGUCUUUUCUACAUUUCCAUGUUUUUGAAUUUGCAUGUCAUGUUAUGAAAAUCAGAAUACUGUUUAUAGUAUUCAAAAUUUAAACAGUGGGUCUCUCACCGUACUAUAUACACAACAGAUAAUGUAACCCAGAGGAAAAAUAACUUGCUCCAUAUCUCACUGUCUUUUGUCCCCCCUCUCUUCCCUUUUAUUCUCCCCCAUCUAAUCUCUGGACUCAGGAAUCAUUGCUGAAUACUUUCUGAUAGAGGACAUUUCUGUGUUGUUUAUUCUUAUAAUCCAUUGUUAAUAUUUUAUCUCUGUUCUGACUUUUAUUAUAAGCUGCAAAGGAUUUGUUCAGUGAAUGUUGGCAUUAUAGAAGGAAGGCGGUGUUAAAGAUAAAGCAAAACAUGAUGUCCACUAAUAAGCAGAAGCUUGAAAAAAGUAGCCUUAAACUACAUUCACUGUGGUUGCAAAACUGAUUAAGCUAAUGUUCAGUCAGUUAUUGUCUGAUACUUGUAAUUAAUAGCCAAAGGAAAAUGAGAGAAGAAUCAUCCAGGUCCAUCUAGGAUGGGGAACUACCAUUAUAACUGAAAGUAGUAUUGUCAAGGUCGUGUUAAAACGAAGCUGUUCAGAGUCAGCUUUUCCCUAGAUGGAAGCAAGCUUGUAAUGAGAGUGAAAGACUCAUAGCUUAAAUACUGGUACAAGCUUUUAAUAAUCCUGGCCUUUAAUAAUCUUGGCCUCUUGGUGUCUUAAGUAGUUAAAGGCAUAUGUCUAGCCUUGAAAGAUCAAUUGCUCAAAUGAGAAGGUGUACUGGAGUGUGUUUGAAUUUAGGGCGGAUCCCAUUCUACCAAAAUAGUACGCUACAUCAACUCACUCCAGAUAAGAAAAUGGCCAUUAUAGGAAUUCCAGCUUUAAUAUAUAUGGAUCUGGCUGAACAGCUCUUUGUGAACAAUAACAUCUAAUAAAGCAAAAGAUAGGUGCAAGCUAGCAUUUUCUAGAAGGUAUUUUCUUGAUUAGUGGUAUUAAAUUUCUGUUGAAGUGAUUAAUUUGCUGGUUUCCCUGAAAUCGUCAGAGAUUUGUUGAAAGGGGAAUCAUUUUUAACACCACUGACUCGCUCUAUAUGCAAGAUUUUCCGAGUUCCUUGGGGAAGCUUCCUUUGUUAAGCUUGCAAGAGAACCAAUGUUAUUGCCAUUCUUGAAAAUCUGAUAAAUAUUUAAUCCUUCAUAAUGUGCUCUGAUGCUAAUCUCCUUAAUUUGGCCAAGCUAGCUGCUUAGACUCCUCAAAUCAAGUUCCAGUACUUCAUCAGGACUCUAAUGAUAGUCUUGCUUUUACGUAUACAGUCUUUAUAUCUUACUUUUUAUUGUAAAAGAAUCACUUUUAUGAACAGAGAUUCUUAAAUUAUCUCAGAAAUUUGAACACACAACUGUUCGGAGCGAUUAGUGUUUUUUUCCCCUUACUUGGUGUUCUAACGUUAAAGAAGGUCCUUCUAGCUCUACAGAUGCAUCUAUCCUUUCUUCAAGAAACAUCUUUAAUUAGAGGCAGAAAAAGGCCAUGUUGUUGUUGGGGUUUUUUUUCUCUUUGAUGAAGACUGCGGUUCCAGUGGGAUUUAGUAUAAAAGCUUCUUGUCUUUUGGAAAAAAAAAAUAUCGUCAGCUCUGUAAGUGACUGCAAGUCUGAUUCAUCCAAAUCAGGAAACCAUACCUUUCGGAGUUGCUCUUAAAUGUAUUUAUCUGAAGAUUGUCAUAUCAAGUCAACAGAUAAGAUUUAAGACUGGUACUGUUGAAAUAAAGGGAUGGCAGUACUUCCAAGUACACUCAUAAUGGCAUUUCGGAUCAGGAAGGAAUUUCUCCCACAUUGUAAGAGCAUAGAUAUAUAUAUAGGUACUUGGCACAGAACAGACCAAAAGGAGGCAGCAUUAUGCCAUUUCUCUAUUGGCAAUGUGUGUUAAAAUAAUGAAAAGUACUUUCAGUUGUUUUAUUUUAGUCAUAUUUUGCAGCCUUCUAGCUUACCGAUUGUUAGUCAAAUAGCCAAGCAAAGUUAAUUCCUGCAUUUUAACAUACCUACGUUCUCAAGCUGUUAGUUUAGACUAGACUUUAAGGGUGUUGCUACUAUGUCAUAUAUGUAGCAGCAUAGGAUGAACACUUUAACUGUUAGUCAAAACAUGGCAGUUAACUUGAAUAUGCUAAAGUCUAGAUCCACAGUCUUUUUAAGUUAUUUUCUAAACCAAGGCAUAAAGGGAUCUAUGCAGGUAGUAUGUUUUACAGGCUAGACUUGGUAGGUUUAUGUACCUUACCUCCCCUCUUGGAUCUAUACACACAACUUGUAGCUGCAGUUGUUGUUAAGAAGCUAUAAAGAAAUCCACAUAAUGCGUCUUUGACAAAUCCCAGCACCUUCGUGUUAGAUUGUUUGAGAAUAUAUGACCCACUGUGUAAAUUUUUGUUGUUGGACUGCAUCUUGGUCUGCAAACGCAUAGCAGGUAACUCUAGGAUUCAAAGUCAUGGAGGGCAAAAAAGAACUGCCAAUACAGGUGAAUUUUCUAUAUAAACCAUGAUUUAUUUUUCAGUGUAAAAUUACCAUUACCGUGUUUAACAGCAUGAGAGAAUAGUGGGAGAGAGUAGUUACAAUACUCAUGAAAUGACAUCUGUAUGUAGUAAGGGCAAAGUUCUUUAUUCAUAUCACUGUAAUACUGAACGAAACUUGGAAGGAAUUUUUCAAGAGAAGUAUUUAAAACUUUUUUUUUUUUUUUUUAGAGAGCCAAGGGCAUAAGAAAAGAGAUAUAUGAGUUUGGGUGUUUUCUCUGUGUAUUUUGCUUUUAUAAAUGUAGUGUACCAACUAAAGCUCUGCUUUUCUAUUAUUGGAAAGAAAGGAUUCAAGGUAUGCUGGUCCUUGGUAAGCAGCAAUGGUUAAUAGAUGAAUUUUCACAUAUGAAAAUGAUGUAAAUGAUUAGCUUUAUCUUGAUACUCUUGACCUAAUCAAAGGGAAGUUGUACUUAUGAGGGAUGUAAUUAUUUUGCAACCUAGUUGGGGGGGAAGUCUACUUAAAAACAUUUUUAAAAAAUGACAAAAUCACAGAUAAAAUAUUUUUCUACAAUUCUGUACAAUCAUACUUUAUACUAGUUUUCUCAGCAUGGCAUGUAAGUGAGUCUAAGGUACUGUUCCAGAAAAUCAGUGGGUAUUGUACCUUAUUCUAGACCGUUACAACGGCAUCUGUUAGAUGCUUGGCACUGCUGUCAUAGAAUUGAAAUGCUAGUAAAAAAUUGUACUGAAUACUUUAAAUGAUUGUUUUAUUCAAAGUCUGAUCUAGGGAAUGUUCCAAUCAUGUUAUUAAUGUGUAAAUAGAACUGUUCCAGAUGUAACUAUGAACAGUUCUGGAAAGGUAUCAUUGCUUGUACCCCUGUCUAAUGGCAGGUUUUGUAGUCUUCAAAAGAAAUUUCUACAAUGAAUAAACUUUCAAACAUA